AUGGUUGCGCUACAAAGGCCAGAUACCAAAGCAAGUUCCUCACGCAAGCGGCAAUCCUCCCAGAGUUUAGACCACCAUACGCCUAAACAACAAAAGAAUGCCCAUCCGUCCUUCCCACCGGCAAUCUUCUGGGACCAGCUUUCCGAGAUUCCACUUACCAAAAACGCAUUACGUGAGUUAGACAGAAGAAGAGCUCUUCCAAAAUCUUGCCAUCCAGUUCACGACCAAAACACAAGAGUCGCCAGGAGAGACGACUAUCCUGUGGAACAACCUAGUUGGGUAGACUUACAGCUCUCGCCAACAUUACUUAAACGGAUCCAGCGUUUCGCAAUGCACGGUGGUCCUGAUUUAUCUACAUUGAGAAGUUACUGGUCACCACCUGAAUUCCAAGAGAACAUGACACCCAGCCAGCCAAGUCUUGAUCAUCGCAAGACCGGCUCACAAUCACUCGAGAAAAGUUAUAUUACUAGCACAAAAAGCACAGGGCCAUACGACCGUGCAUUCGAACAGCAUCUCAUUGAUCACCACAUCCUGCCCUAUGGCUAUGAGUAUUCAGAUAACAAACUGCCCCCAGAGCCUGACAAUAUAGGUAUAAUUCUAGAGGCGCUAGAGCAACCAAGACCGUCUCUAUCUAUAUCGACAUUUUCAAACGCAGAUUUUCGCAAGUUUCAACAGACCAAUGCGCACGCCAAAAAGGAGAGGGAUGUUGUAGCCACAAUUAUACCCACGAUUGAAGGGGAGCUUGUUGAUAGAAAGUGUGUGUCUGGAGGCAUUCCGUUUACAAACUUGGAACACUUGACUGACGGGACACUUGUGCCGGGCAAUCCCGAUUUGUUCUAUGGCGCACGCCCAGAACAACUGGACAGAAAUAUUCGCAAGCAGCUAGGCGGGCAAAUAGUCCCUUCCACGCAGCACGACCUCUCAAUUAUACCAAAUUUCUUUCUUCAGGUAAAGGGACCUGGUGGUAGGAUGGAUGUUGCGCUGCUACAAGCGUGCUAUGAUGGUGCUCUAGGGGCAAGAGCUAUGCAUAGCCUUCAAUCGUAUGGACAGCCUACACCGAUUUACAAUAACAACGCAUAUUCUUUGACGACAAUAUACCACUGUGGUACGCUCAGGAUAUUCGCUGUUCACCCUUUGCCACCAGCAGAAUCAGAUCGUCAACCCUGUUUCGUCAUGACACAUAUCAAGUCCUGGAUCAUGACAGGGGAUUACAAGUCUUUCCAACAGGGAGCGACAGCUUACCGAAAUGGUCUUGAUUGGGCGAAACAACAACGAGAUGAAGCGAUAAAACAUGCAAACACUAUUGCAGCUAGCAGGAAUUACAAGAAAUAG